AUGGGCCUACCCGACGGCCCGCUCCUCGACGCCGUUCGCGCGGCCGCCGCGCGCGCCCACGCCGCGCAAAACGAUGUCUCGCGCCUGCAGGAGGUCGCCGACGGCAAACUGGCACGGCUGCAGGCGACGCACGAUGCGGAGCGGGCGCUGCGCCGGCGGGCAGAGGCUGAGGUGGCGGUCCUCGGCCGCUGCUUGCGCGACGCAGAGGCGUUUCACGCGCUGCGCGAGGUGCAGGCGGACGUGCGCGCCGCCAAGCAGGCGCAGCAAGCGCAGGCGCUGCGUGCCGUGCUGGAGCACCAGUCGAGGGCCGGGGCGCACGCGCGCGUCGCGAAGCUCGAGUUUGAGCGCGAGCAGCUGCUGCUGCGGCUGGCUCGGCUGGAGGAGCAGCGCUCGGCCCUCCGCUCGCAGCAGCAGCAGCAGCAGCAGUUGCUGCAGCUGCAGCGGGAGCAGCUGCAGCGGGAGCAGCUGCAGCGGGAGCAGUUGCAGCAGCAGGCGGUUCGGCCCAGGCUCGAGCACGAGCACGUGCCGCGUGCGCCUGCCGAGGCAGUCGCCAAGGAGGAGCGCCUGGAGGCGGAUGGCUGCGACGGGACCGCCUCGGCGGUGGCAAAUGUGGCUGAGCUGAAGGUGGCUGAGCUUGAGGCGGCGCUCGCCCUCGCCCGAGGCGAGGCCGCCCUCCUCGCGCAGCGGUGCGGCGCGCAGCAAGCGUUGCCCUCCGGGUCCGCGGCAUCUACCGGCGAGGCUUCCGAGGCCGAGCCGGCCGAGGCGGCUGAGGCGGCCCCAGCUCCGCGCGGCAGUAGCGCGGCUCCUGCGCUGGAGGCGUCGGGCCCCGGGGGCGCCCCGCCCACCGCCCUGACCCCCGCGCUGACGGAGGGCGGCAGCUGCGACUCUGCGCGCAGCGAGGUGUCGCUGGAGGUGAAGGGGGAGGUGCAGGGGCUGCGCGAGCAGCUGGAGCGGGUGAUGGCGCGCUUUGCGUCGCAGCCCGCCGAGAGGGAAUCUGGCCGGGCGGACGGGGCUGACGGGACGGGCGGCGGCGCGAUGGGCGAGGCCUUCAGCUGCGUCGAGGGCGAGAUUGAGCAGCUCGAGCUCGCGCUUCAGCUCGCGACAAAGUACGCGAGCCUCACGCCGGUCCUGCAGGCGCAGUCAGCGCGCCUCUCCUCCUCCCGCCUCUCCUCGAGCAGCUCCACGCCGCGGGGCCGCGCCACGCCAGGCAGCUCCGCCUCCGAGGGCAGCCUCGCCGGCACAAGCCUCGCCAGCCGCUCGUCUGCAGUCCCACCCAUGGCGAUGCGCUGA